GGCGGCUCUCGGCAGCGCGGCGGCGGCGAAGAUGGUGGCGGCUCCGUGCGCCCGGCGGCUGGCGAGACGCUCCCGUUCGGCGCUGGUGGCGGCGCUCACCGUGCUGCUGCUGCAGACCCUCCUCGUCUGGAAUUUCACCUCCCUCGACGCCGGAGAGGAGCAGCGCGGCGCCUCCGGCCGCGAGAAGCGGGACCGCGGCGGCACCGCCGCCGGCAGCGAACACCGCGCGCAGCCGCACCGCCGCGGGGCCGGCGCCGUGCACGGGAAGGCGAUGGAUGGCUAUUUUUCCCACCGACCGAAGGAGAAAACGAGAACAGACAGCAAUAAUGAGAAUUCGGUCCCCAAGGACUUUGAAAAUGUUGAUAACAGUAACUUUGCUCCCAGGACUCAGAGGCAAAAACACCAGUCUGAGCUGGUGAAAAAACCCCUUAGCAAGCAAAAGGAGCAUUUGAGAAAGAAACUGGAAGAGGAGAAAGUAAAGGAGAACUCACUGCUGGGGAAGAGCUCCAACGAGGUGGUGCAGUUGAGUGAUAAGCCUGGAAAGAACAGCAGCGACAGCAACCUGAAGGACGUGCACACAUCUCCCAGACAGCAGCCUCUGAAAAAAACUGGAAACAGCUCUCCUGAACUGAAGUACGACCUGCCGCCCAAGUGCGAGGUAACGGGCAAAGAGGCAAUCUCAGCCAUGUCCCGGGCGAAGUCUAAGCCGUGUCGGCAGGAGAUCGCGGAUGUGUACUGUCAGCACAAGCAUGGAAAGCUGAUGCCGGAGAAGGUGACGCGUUUCUGUACGCUGGAGGGAAAAGCCAACAACAAUGUACAGUGGGAUGAGGACUCCGUAGAGUACAUGCCAGCCAAUCCAGUCAGGAUCGCAUUUGUCUUGGUUGUUCAUGGCAGAGCUUCUCGGCAGCUCCAACGCAUGUUUAAGGCUAUUUACCAUAAAGACCAUUUUUAUUACAUUCAUGUUGACAAGCGAUCCAAUUACUUACACCGGCAAGUGCUCCAGUUUGCUAACCAGUACCCAAAUGUGAGAGUCACUUCUUGGAGAAUGGCAACUAUCUGGGGAGGAGCAAGUCUUCUGUCUACCUACCUGCAGAGCAUGAGGGACUUAAUGGAGAUGAAUGACUGGCCAUGGGAUUUCUUCAUUAACCUCAGCGCCGCCGACUACCCAAUCAGAACAAAUGACCAGCUCGUAGCAUUCCUGUCCAGAUACCGCGACAUGAACUUCUUGAAGUCACACGGGAGGGACAACGCAAGGUUCAUUAGAAAACAGGGGCUGGACCGGCUCUUCUUGGAGUGUGACACACACAUGUGGCGCCUGGGGGACAGGAAGAUCCCCGAGGGCAUCGCGGUGGACGGCGGGUCGGAUUGGUUUCUCCUCAACAGGAAGUUUGUGGAGUACGUCACUUUUUCCAAGGACGACCUCGUAACGAAGAUGAAGAGGUUUUAUUCUUACACGUUGCUGCCUGCUGAGUCUUUCUUCCACACUGUUCUGGAAAAUAGCUUGUUCUGCGACUCCAUGGUGGACAACAAUCUGCGCAUCACAAACUGGAACCGUAAACUUGGUUGCAAGUGUCAGUACAAGCACAUUGUUGACUGGUGUGGCUGUUCGCCCAAUGACUUCAAACCAGCAGACUUCCACAGAUUCCAGCAGACUGCCAGGCCAACUUUCUUUGCCCGCAAAUUUGAAGCUGUGGUGAACCAGGAGAUAAUCGGCCAGUUGGACUAUUACCUGUACGGCAACUACCCGCCCGGCACCCCUGGCCUCCGCUCCUACUGGGAGAACGUGUACGACGAGCCCGACGGCGUGCACACCCUCAGCGACGUGGCACUCACCAUGUACCACGCCUUCGUCCGCCUGGGCCUGCGCAGAGCUGAGAGCUCCUUUCACUCGGCUGGGGACAACAGCUGCCGAUACUAUCCCAUGGGCCACCCAGUUUCCGUCCACCUUUACUUCCUUGCUGACCGUUUCCAAGGUUUCCUCAUCAGACACCACGCCACCAACCUGGCCGUCAGUAAGCUAGAGACUUUGGAAACAUGGGUGAUGCCAAAGAAAGUCUUCAAGAUUGCAAGUCCGCCCAGCGAUUUUGGAAGAUUACAGUUCUCAGAGAUUGGCACAGAGUGGGACGCCAAGGAAAGGCUGUUCCGGAAUUUCGGAGGGCUCCUCGGGCCGACAGACGAGCCAGUUGGCAUGCAGAAAUGGGGAAAGGGCCCCAACGUCACCGUUACUGUCAUCUGGGUGGAUCCGGUCAACGUCAUAGCAGCGACAUAUGACAUCCUCAUUGAAUCCAGCGCAGAAUUUACUCACUACAAACCGCCCUUGAAUUUGCCCCUGAGGCCGGGUGUCUGGACAAUAAAAAUUCUGCACCACUGGGUCCAGGUAGCUGAAACCAAAUUCCUCGUUACGCCUCUCACCUUCUCAAAUCGGCAGCCUAUCAAACAAGAGGAAGCCAUGAAGUAUCACAGCGGGCCUCCAAAGAACGCAUACAUGGAGCAGAGCUUCCAGGGCUUGAACCCCGUCUUAAACAUCCCCGUCAGCGCCGCCCGCUUGGACCAGGCCAAGAGGAACGCGGCGCUGGUGGGCGCCCGGCUGGACGCCUGGGUGGACUCACUGGUUGGCAGCGUCUGGUCGGCCGUGGACAUCUGCAGCACCGGCCCCACCGCCUGCCCCGUCAUGCAGGCCUGCACUCAGACUGCCUGGAGCUCCCUGAGCCCCGACCCCAAGUCCGAGCUGGGCCCCGUCAAACCCGACGGUCGCUUGAGGUAGCAGCCGGUACGCCCUCCUUUGGCAUAGGGUUUUAAAAGGGAAUUGAACCUUGCUCGUAUGUGAAUCUCAUGCCAGGUUUCACCUAAGGGAACAUUAUACUUUUUUGUUACAUAUUGCAAUGUAAUUAUUUCUUAAAAAGUAAUCUGACAAGGCCUUUGGCACUGCUCUCUCCAUCAGCUCCAUUGGAGUGGCUUGGUUUGGCCCAGCCAUGUGGGCCUCAAAGCAACAGCAGCAUUGAGCCAUGGAGAGAGCAGUGAGGGAACAGCUGCUAAAAGUGGUGUUUUUUAAGAAUAAAUUUGUCUGUACCUCU